AUGACUAUUGGUUUCCAGUUGUUCAUGGUAUUACCAUUUUUCAUGGCUUUGUCAUUCUUUGGCAUGUAUGAGGCCAGGGCUGGCCGGCUUCUUAUGAAUGCACCGUUCCAGCUUCCCGCCAUCCCCAACUUCCCGUUUCCCUCCUUCCCUGGGAUCCCAGUGGUUUAUUAUGUCGAUUGGGACUUCAACAUAAAAGAUUGGCCUUCUGGGAAAACCUUUCACGCAGGUGACAUAAUCGUAUUUAACUACAAUAGAAAUCUGCAUAAUGUGGUUACAAUAAAUGAGACCAAAUAUGAAGAUUACCUGAACUGUGUUGUAUCUGACAAGGCAAAAGUCCUGAGCACCGGAAAUGAUGCAAUAACACUGCAAAAUGGAGUCAACUACUUCAUUUGUGGUACGAUGGGCCACUGUACUGCUGGAAUGCAGAUAGCUAUUGUUACGACCUAAUUAACUUUAAGCUAAUAGCAGAUUAUUGUAAUCCAUGUGAUGCUAAUUGUAAUUAUAAGAACAAUAUGCUUGAUAUAAUAUCUACAUUAAGUUUAUUUACUUCAAA